AUGGAAGAAACGAAUGGUCCUAAGAUAGAACCGGAGAACGUGACGAAUCCGAAUCCACCGCCCCAAAAAAUUAAAGAUCCACGUCGCGUGGCCCAGGGAAAAAGAUUGGCGGCAGCCAAUCGGGAAAUGAAAGCGGCAAGGGAAGCGAAAAAAGAAGUCGUUCAAAACGAACCCGAAAACGGAUGGAAAAAAGAAAACGAUGGAUGGGGAUUUCAGAGCGCGUGUAUGAUUUUAAGCGUUGGGAUCGGUCUCGGCGGAUUGUAUUUGACGUGGCGCAAUCGAUGUGGGGGAAAAAAAGAAAGUUCUGUGGUGGUGAACGAUGUGAAAAAAGAUCCGCCGAAGGAUGAACCUUUUGACGACUUGUUUGAUUGA